AUGGCGCCUGUUCCCAAAGUCCCAGCAUUCAGCACAUCUCCGCCCUCAACCAAAUAUUGCAUCUUGUCGUACCCGACCCCAGAAAUAUUGGUGGUGACAUUGAACAGACCAAAGCAACUCAACUGUAUCAGCGCAGAGGGCAACGAAGAGCUAGAUGCCGUGUGGAAGUGGUUGGACGCAGAGCCCAAGUUGUGUGUGGGCAUCCUCACAGGCACUGGCCGAGCGUUCUGCGCAGAGUGGAAUCAAGCCAAUGCGUCCGGCAAACAGCGCAAGAUGCCAUCCUCGGGCUUUGGUGGACUGUCACGUCGUCGCGGACGCAAGCCAGUGAUUGCAGCAGUCAACGGCAUCUGCUUCGGCGGAGGCUGUGAAAUGGCCAUCAACAGCGACAUGGUGUUUGCUUCUUCGUCAGCCACCUUUUCUCUUCCUGAAGUCAAGCGUGGUGUUGUGGCCAUCGCAGGCGCUCUUCCUCGUAUCGCGCGUGUAGUAGGCAAGCAGCGUGCCAUGGAGAUGGCUCUGACUGGACGUGUGUUGAAGGCCGAAGAGGCUCGAGAGUGGGGAUUGGUCAAUCGUGUGGUUGAAGGAGACGUGCUGGCCGAGUGCGUGGCCGUGGCCAUGGAGAUUGCAGGGAACAGUCCAGAUGCUGUCAUUGUCAGUCGUGAAGGUGUCAACCUGGCAUGGGAGGGUCUGGGAGCGGAUGCAGCGACUGAGAAGUUGAUUGCAGAGACAUAUCCGAAGCUCCUGCAGGGGGAGAACAUCCAUGAAGGUGUCAAAGCCUUUGUCGAGAAGAGGAAGCCUAACUGGAAAGCUAGCAAGCUGUGA